AUGCGGAACUCAUUGCAGGCCAUUGGAAUAGUCCAGCAGGAACCUUAUUUAUUCAAUGGUACAGUGAAGGAGAACAUAUCGUUGGGUCGAGAAGGAGUUGAUGACGAGAAAGUCAAAGAAGCUGCCGAUAUGGCAAAUGUUACUGAGUUUGUGAAAAAUCUGGACGAGGGUUUCGACACCUACUUGGGUGCCGGUGGCGUGACUCUGUCCGGUGGUCAGAAGCAGCGAAUCGCGAUUGCUAGAGCCAUUGCUACUGAUCCACGAAUUCUUCUCUUGGACGAAGCAACCAGUGCUCUUGAUGCAAACAGUGAAAAAAUUGUACAGGUGAGUAGACAUGGUGCGGGUGAUGCUGCUUCCGAAAAUCCUGGCCCUUGCCAUGUGUGA